AGUUGCUUUUUGAGGUAGUGUGCGGGAUAGUGUGGUCUUUGUGAGCUUCCACCAUGGCGUACCGGGGCCAGGGCCAGAAGGUGCAGAAGGUGAUGGUGCAGCCAAUCAAUCUCAUCUUCAGAUACUUGCAAAAUGGUUUUGAUGAGUAUAUGAACCUCGUAUUAGAUGAUGCAGAAGAGAUUCAUUCUAAAACAAAGUCAAGAAAACAACUGGGUCGGAUCAUGCUAAAAGGAGAUAACAUUACUCUGCUCCAAAGUGUCUCCAACUAGAAAUGAUCAAUGAAGUGAGAAAUUGUUGAGAAGGCAAUACAGUUUUUUUAGGUGUGCUUUGUUAGAAGUGUAGUUCUAAAGCAUUUAUUCAUAUUGUUUUGCUCACCUUUAUGUUAUUACCAGAUGACAAUAAAUGC